CAUUUUCCCAUAUUAUUCAAAGCACAGUUUGGUUUAAUUAAAGGUUUGACAUUUCAGUAUGUUUCUGAAUAUUGGGUUUGUAUCAGCUCAGGAAAUAUGACAUAUAAAUAUAAAGAAGCAUUUUCAUGAGAACGUCUGAGGAAAUGGUGCCGUCCUUCCUUCUGUCUCCUGGGAACAUGAGAGCUGCUGACUGGGCAAAACCACGGACAGAUAAGGAGCCGCGUUGACCAUGAAGUACCGGACGGCGGUGAUGUACGUGGAGAUCGGCUGCUUCGUGUCCUGCCUGUGUGGCUGGAUCCUCGUGUGCUCCACUCUUCCCACGGAGUACUGGACCUUCUCCGAGGUGGGCAGCGUCGUGCUGACCACCUCCAACUACUACUCCAACCUGUGGAGGGACUGCAUCUCCGACACCACGGGGGUGUCGGACUGCAAGGACUACCCCUCCCUGCUGGCUCUGCCAGUGUUCCUUCACGCCUGCAGAGCCCUGGCCGUCUGCGCCGUCAUCACCGGCUUCUUCGGCGGAGUCCUCACUCUCAUCGGGAUGAAAUGCACCAAAAUCGGAGGAACCGAGAUAAUCAAUGCAAGGGUGACAUUCUCUGGUGGCGUAACGUACCUGGCUUCAGGUUUCUGCGGCAUGAUCACGUACUCCUGGUGGGCUAACAGAGUCGUGUCCGAGUUCGUUGAUCCCAACUUCAGGGCACAGAAGUUUGAACUUGGAGCCGCCCUGUUCAUCGGCUGGGGAGGCUCCGUCCUGCUCAUCUGUGCAGGGGGAGUGCUGACCUACUUCUCUGGGAGAGAGGGGCUUCGAUCCAGUUCAUCCAAAAAGAGACCAGUUUCUUACGCCACGGCUCGUACCAGACGGACGUACAUGAUGCCGCCGUCGUCCAGAGUGACCCUGGGGCCUCCGCUGUACCACGCAGGCCGGAAAACCAGGACGCCGGGAGCCACGACCAAGACCAGUCGAACCUACAGCCGGGACACGUUUGUCUGAGCCUGGCAGGCCUUCAGGAAAACACUCACUUACUUUCAUGGACUUGAUGUUACUGAGCCACGUUCAGACUAGACGACCUUCGUCUGCAGAUUGCGGUGCUGUUAUUGAGCGUUUAACCGUAUCUGCUUGUUAUCUCACAACCGGUGCCUAGGCUGUGUUUUGUCAACAACACAGGCUUUAAAAGAGAAAAAACUUCACACAAAAGAUGAGUUAAUUGUUGGAAUGUCAAUAGUUUUUGUAUGCAGAGGUGUAGUAACGAAAUAGAUGUACUUUGUUACACUACUUAAGUAGUUUUUUUGAGGAUUUGUACUUGCGUUUUUUUUCUAAUCAGCAUUUUUACUCUUACUUCACUACAUUUAAGUUAAAAAAUAUACUUUUAUUUCGUUACUUUGACAUUUGCCACCUCGUUACUCGUUACAAAUUAAAAUAAUUAAAGAAUAAUAUUUUGCAACAAAGACAGUUUAUUUUUGGUGUUGUAUUCUAUACCACAUUUCAUUCACCUGAAAGUGAAAUAAAAAAAACAAGGGAAGGAUCAUUUUUGGUUGUGUUGCUUCUUU